UCAACCUCGUCUUCCAAAAUGAUCCUGAGCCCGACCCCGAGGACCAGAAGGCGGCCGAGUCGCGUCUGGAGGCGCUGCAGGGCCGGCGGGCGCUGCUGGCCGCCUUCUGCCGCCUCGUGCUGCGCGGCGUGCUGCGGCUGCGCGCCGCCGCCGACGUCUUCAAGCACUACUGCAAGUUUUUCGGGGACUUUGGGGACAUCCUGCGGGAGACGCUGCGCUGCGCGCGGGACCUCGACCGCUCCGAGUGGGCGCGGACGCUGCUGCUCAGCCUGCAGCAG